AUGGUUGAGUUCAACCCUCUACUGCGAAAAGCCUACUGGUCUUUAGCAGCUGCUGGCCUUAUAUAUGUGGGCAUUGUCUGUUCCCUGACGUACCCAGUUGUCCAGAGAUUCGCACUCUAUGCGAACAAGAUAAACCCCGCCCUAUGGGAAGACGUCAACUUGGUGGAAGCGUUCGGUUUCUUGAAGACACAAGUCCAGCCAUUCCAUCUGGUCACCCCUGAUAACGAAACCAUCUAUGGCUGGCACCUCCUACCUUUGCACCUUUGUCGAGAACAUGACGGGGAGCUGGAUUUGGACGAGCCCACUGGCCCCGCGGAUGAUUAUACCCUGACUCCGGCAUUCAGACUCCUGGCCAAUGAUCUAAACGCCAGGGUUGUCGUGAGCUUUCACGGUAACGCGGCUCACCUAGGAUCUGCUCAACGGCCAGAGACAUAUCGUAUGCUUCUCGGCCUCUCAACCCCUACAAACCCCAUCCAUGUCUUCGCAAUCGACUACCGCGGAUUCGGAAUGUCCACGGGGACACCCUCAGAGGAGGGCCUCAUCACCGACGGCGUAACGCUCCUCAACUUCCUCACAUCAGCCCCGCUCAACAUCUCCCCCUCACGGAUUGCUAUCGUGGGCCAGAGCCUCGGAACAGCCGUCAGUGCCGCAGUGGCAGAGCGCUUCGCUUUUGGUUCGCCUGAUCCAACCGCCAUCCAACCAGCCCUCACAGACCCUGAACCCUUUGCUGGCAUAAUUCUCCUUGCAUCCUUCAGCAAUCUACCCAAUUUGAUUGAAUCAUACAGCCUCAAGGGGAUUACGCCUCCCAUUCUCUCCCCACUACGCGGGUACCCUCGCAUCCAAAACUGGGCCAGGCGCCAUAUUCUCGACACCUGGGAUACAGCCGGACGAGUCGCAAGGCUGACAGGUGUGAACUGCAGCCUAGUUCAAGCUAACCCUGCUUUUGCAGAGAAGGGUCUAGAUCUGGCUAUCAUCCAUGCUAAAAAUGAUGUGGAGAUUCCCUGGUUUGAGGGGCGGCGGGUCUGGGCAGCUGCAACGGGUCAACUGCAGCAAUAUUCUCCUGGUGUUCUGACAUAUGAGAAAAGGGAUGCUGAUAAUGGGCCGAAUGAGGUUCUUAUUUGGGAAAAUAGAUCUGGCAAGGGUCCAGGGGCGGUCAAGAGGGUGCGAUGGGAACGAGUUGCGUAUGGAGGCCACAAUCGUGUCGCUACGUUCUCGACCGCCGCUCUCGCGGUGCUAAGAGCAUUUGCGGAGUAGGUCCAUCGUUGGUUAUACCUCGGGUCCGCGAUCCAGAAAAUUUAGGGCUAAGAAUUUGAGCAUCUACAAAUAUUAGCGAAGAUCUACUCGUCUUGAGAGGAGUAUAGGUUCGUGAGAUUAGUAUAUACAAAUGUAACAUAAAUGACCCUGCUUU